GGCAGUCAGAGGAGACCGCGGAGCUUCAGACUCAGCAGGAGCGCGCCGUGGCGGUGCAGUUCCGAGCUCGCCUGCCCAGCGGCGCACACACCACCUCCUCCCCGAGCACCGGGAACCGCCGCAGCUCCGGGCCGCCGCCGCCGCCGCUGCCGCCGCCGCAGGGCUCCGAGCUCUUGCCCGCUAGCCGCCGCCAGUCCUUCCCUCGUCAGGGCUCAGCCCGCAGCUAUUUCCUUCUGCCGGCCUCUUUGAACUCUGGGUCUUUUCCUCCGCUCGCCUCUCUCGUAUUUUCCCCACCCUAUAUUUUCUCAACUCCUCUUCCUUUCUCCUUAGCCACCCUGCUUUUUUCUCCUCUUUUUAUUGAGGAUUUCUUCUUAAGAUGCCUUGUCUUCCUUACCUUCGUCCAUUUCAGCCCUGAAGACUGAAAAGGAGCCUUUAUCUCUCCCCCAGUGGCAUUUAAAAGACUCCCAUCCUUAAAAGUCUAAAGAGGUAAAGAACAGGACGCGGGACCUUCUCGACACCCGAGAGUCCGGUCCCGAACUGCACUAUCAACCGUAACUAGUAUUUCAUUUAACCCCAGUGUAGAGGAGGGAGUAGGGAGCCGGGAGCAAACUUCAGCCGUCUCAGAGGAUCCCUGGUUCCCGCAUUUGGACGAGCCGCGAGCCAGAAGGCAAAGGAGCCCACGGGGAACGAGGAGCAAGCGCGAGCCUCUCUCGCCCCCUCCGCGAGGCGGGAGCCGUGAACUGAGCGGCGCGGGACAGCGGCGGCGGAGGCGGCGAAGAGAAGAUGCGGAGCUCGGGGCCCCGGGGUGCGGGACGCCGGCGGCCCCCGGGCGGCGGCGACGACCUCCCCAGCACCCCCGCGUCUCUGGCCGGCUGCUACUCCGCACCUCGCAGGGCCCCCCUCUGGACUUGCCUUCUCCUGUGCGCCGCGCUCCGGACCCUCCUGGCCAGCCCCAGCAACGAAGUGAAUUUGUUGGAUUCACGGACUGUCAUGGGGGAUUUGGGAUGGAUUGCUUUUCCAAAAAAUGGGUGGGAAGAGAUUGGUGAAGUUGAUGAAAAUUAUGCCCCUAUCCACACAUACCAAGUAUGCAAAGUUAUGGAACAGAAUCAAAAUAACUGGCUUUUGACCAGUUGGAUCUCCAACGAAGGUGCUUCCAGAAUCUUCAUAGAACUCAAGUUUACUCUGCGGGACUGCAACAGUCUUCCUGGAGGGCUGGGGACCUGUAAGGAAACUUUUAACAUGUAUUACUUUGAGUCAGAUGAGAAUGGGAGAAACAUCAAGGAAAACCAGUACAUAAAAAUUGAUACCAUUGCUGCUGAUGAAAGCUUUACAGAACUUGAUCUUGGUGACCGUGUCAUGAAACUGAAUACAGAGGUCAGAGAUGUAGGACCUCUAAGCAAAAAGGGAUUUUAUCUCGCUUUUCAAGAUGUGGGUGCUUGCAUUGCUCUCGUUUCCGUUCGUGUGUACUAUAAAAAAUGCCCUUCUGUGGUACGACACUUGGCUGUCUUCCCUGACACAAUCACUGGAGCUGAUUCUUCACAGUUGCUUGAAGUGUCGGGCUCCUGUGUCAACCAUUCUGUGACAGAUGAACCACCCAAAAUGCACUGCAGCGCUGAAGGGGAGUGGCUGGUGCCCAUUGGGAAAUGCAUGUGCAAGGCAGGAUAUGAAGAGAAAAACGGCACCUGUCAAGUGUGCAGACCUGGGUUCUUCAAAGCUUCACCUCACAGCCAGAGCUGCAGCAAAUGUCCACCUCACAGUUAUACCCAUGAGGAAGCUUCAACCUCUUGUGUCUGUGAAAAGGAUUAUUUCAGGAGGGAGUCUGAUCCACCCACAAUGGCAUGCACAAGACCCCCCUCAGCUCCUCGGAAUGCCAUCUCAAAUGUUAAUGAAACUAGUGUCUUUCUGGAAUGGAUUCCUCCUGCUGACACUGGUGGAAGGAAAGAUGUGUCAUAUUAUAUUGCAUGCAAGAAGUGCAACUCACAUGCAGGUGUGUGUGACGAGUGUGGCGGUCAUGUCAGGUACCUCCCCCAGCAAAUCGGCCUGAAAAACACCUCUGUCAUGAUGGUGGAUCUGCUUGCUCACACAAACUAUACCUUUGAGAUUGAGGCAGUGAAUGGAGUGUCCGACUUGAGCCCAGGAGCCCGGCAGUAUGUGUCUGUAAAUGUAACCACAAAUCAAGCAGCUCCCUCUCCAGUCACCAAUGUGAAAAAGGGGAAAAUUGCAAAAAACAGCAUCUCUUUGUCUUGGCAAGAGCCAGAUCGCCCCAAUGGAAUCAUCCUGGAGUAUGAAAUCAAAUAUUUUGAAAAGGACCAAGAAACCAGCUAUACAAUUAUCAAAUCUAAAGAGACAACUAUAACCGCAGAGGGCUUGAAACCAGCUUCAGUAUAUGUCUUCCAAAUUCGAGCACGCACAGCAGCAGGCUAUGGUGUCUUCAGUCGAAGAUUUGAGUUUGAAACCAUCCCAGUGUCAGUUGCAGCAUCCAGUGAUCAAAGCCAGAUUCCUAUAAUUGCUGUGUCUGUGACAGUGGGAGUCAUUUUGUUGGCAGUGGUUAUUGGCUUCCUCCUCAGUGGAAGUUGCUGCGAUUGUGGCUGUGGAAGGGCUUCUUCCCUGUGCGCUGUUGCCCAUCCAAGCCUAAUAUGGCGGUGUGGUUACAGCAAAGCAAAACAAGAUCCAGAAGAGGAAAAGAUGCAUUUUCAUAAUGGGCACAUUAAACUGCCAGGAGUAAGAACUUAUAUUGAUCCACACACCUAUGAGGAUCCCAAUCAAGCUGUCCAUGAAUUCGCCAAGGAGAUAGAAGCUUCAUGCAUCACCAUUGAAAGAGUUAUUGGAGCGGGUGAAUUUGGUGAAGUUUGUAGCGGACGUUUGAAACUUCCAGGAAAAAGAGAAUUACCUGUGGCAAUUAAAACCCUUAAAGUAGGCUAUACUGAAAAGCAACGCAGAGAUUUCCUGGGUGAAGCAAGUAUCAUGGGGCAGUUUGACCAUCCUAACAUCAUUCACUUAGAAGGUGUUGUGACCAAAAUUACACAUACAGGUAAACCAGUGAUGAUAGUGACAGAGUAUAUGGAAAAUGGCUCUUUAGAUACAUUUUUAAAGAAAAAUGAUGGGCAGUUCACUGUGAUCCAGCUGGUUGGUAUGCUGAGAGGCAUCGCUGCAGGAAUGAAGUAUCUUUCUGACAUGGGCUACGUGCAUAGAGACCAUGCUGCCAGAAACAUCUUAAUAAAUAGUAACCUUGUGUGCAAAGUGUCUGACUUUGGGCUUUCCAGGGUACUGGAAGAUGAUCCUGAAGCAGCCUACACCACUAGGGGAGGCAAAAUUCCAAUCAGAUGGACUGCCCCAGAAGCUAUAGCUUUCCGAAAGUUUACCUCUGCCAGUGAUGUCUGGAGCUAUGGGAUCGUGAUGUGGGAGGUUGUGUCUUAUGGAGAGAGACCCUACUGGGAGAUGACCAACCAAGAUGUGAUUAAAGCUGUAGAGGAAGGCUACCGUCUGCCAAGCCCCAUGGACUGUCCUGCUGCUCUCUACCAAUUAAUGCUGGAUUGCUGGCAGAAAGACCGAAAUAGCAGGCCCAAGUUUGAUGAAAUCGUCAACAUGUUGGACAAGCUGAUCCGUAACCCAAGUAGCUUGAAGACGCUGGUCAAUGCAUCAAGCAGAGUACCUAAUUUGUUAGCAGAACAUGGCUCACUGGGGUCUGGGGCCUACAGAUCAGUAGGUGAAUGGCUAGAAGCAAUCAAAAUGGGCCGAUAUACAGAGAUUUUCAUGGAAAAUGGAUACAGUUCAAUGGACGCUGUGGCUCAGGUGACCUUGGAGGAUUUGAGACGGCUUGGAGUGACUCUUGUUGGUCACCAGAAGAAGAUUAUGAACAGCCUUCAAGAAAUGAAGGUGCAGCUGGUCAACAGGAUGGUGCCAUUGUAACUUCAGUUAAUUGUCACUUCGUCAAGUGAAUGAUUCUGCACUUUGUAAACAAGCCCUGAGAUUUAUUUUAACAAAAAAGGGGGUAAAAGGGAAAACUCAGUGAUUUCUAAACCUUAAGAAAGCGUUUGUUUCAGCCACAGAAUUUGUGAUCAGUGUUUUACUAAAAUCUCUUUAUCUUCCUCUCAAUAUCUUCAUUUUUCAUGAAGCAAAUAUAACCUGCAUGGAAUUAGAACAUGAGGUUAAACAUUAUCUUAUAUUACAACAAAAUCCUCACUACUUCUACAAAAUUUUAUACAUGAAAUAUAUAACUAUAUAUAGCACCUUUUUUUUUUUUUUUUUUUUUUUUUUUUUUGCGUUAUGCGGGCCUCUCUCACUGUUGUGGCCUCUCCCGUUGCGGAGCAAAGGCUCCGGACGCGCAGGCUCAGCGGCCAUGGCUCAGGGGCCCAGCCGCUCCGCGGCAUGUGGGAUCUUCCCGGACCGGGGCACGAACCCGUGUCCCCCGCAUUGGCAAGCGGACUCUCAACCACUGUGCCACCAGGGAAGCCCCUAUAGCACCUUUAUAGAAAGAAGGCAGCCCUUUUCAAAAUUUCCAAGAAUCUGUUUGAAAGGAAAAGUUUUAUAGCCAUUUGUGGGCUAACAAAAGCUGCAGUUUACUGAAGUUUACUUCAAACUUCAAGUCUUAAUUGUCUACAUAAGUGUAUUGAAGAGCAAUAUGGUUAGAUAAUUUCUAAAUAGAUAUCUUCUUUUGUAAUUUUAAAUGCUGUUACACAGCGUUAAGUUAUAGAAACUAGUGUAUAAACAUGUUGCUUGAUCAAGGACAAGUACAAUACAGGGUGUAUAUUUAUUUUUCUGUGUUAUAAAAUUUACUUAUAGUUGUUCUUCUAGAAACUACUAGGUAAUAAAUGUGAAUAUACUGUAUAAUUUGCUAUAUACCCAGGAAUCAAUUUAAGUUGGAGCUCUGUGUGUGUGUGGCUUGCACAUGUGUGUAUUACCAUUCUGCUUGCAUUGUUAAUAGUGUUUUAAUUUUAGCAACAUUCAGGAACAAGUGUUCCAGAGUGUAUUAGGAAUCGGAGAAAUAGGGAAGCUUAAAACAAAAUUUAACCCAAGCUUGUGUCUUUUUUCCUCUCAUGUGUCUAAAAUCUACUAAAUCUCUUUAUUCACCAACAGGAAAUGUCUAAAAGACUAAAUCCCCUUUGGCGUUUUAAAAAUACUUUGUGAUAUCUGUGAUAAUGCAGUUCUUCUAGCCAUUAAUCUUGCACCCCUGUAAGAAAUUUCACCUUUCUGAGUCCCAGAAAAUAUCUUGUCAAGCAAAGUUGACACCGAAGGGCACGUUUUCAGCAGGAUGUAGAAGGAUUUAACUGUGCAGACUUCUGUUAAUGUUGUUAAAUCCAGCACAUAGCACCAAGCAUUACCCCUAAGUGUUAAUCCUUGGUAACCAUUUCCCUUGUGGCUCAGCUCUAAGAAAUUUUGAUACUAAAGCAGCAAUGGAAUGAUGACAAAUACAUAUGUAUAUAUUUUUCCCUUUAGAAUUUUCUCUAUGGCAAGACUUGACAGUUUUAUUUGUUGAUGGCAGUUUAUUCAUUUGGUAAUUUCAUCUUGUAUUCAAUUACACUGAACUGAAUUUAUUUUGAUGAGCCAAUCUGAAGUGUUAUUUAACUGGCCUUAUUAAGAAAUAUAUGUCCUAUGUACAUUCUAUAUACCACACUUGGUGAAGACUGACAUUUGAACCGUUAUUAGAACUUGAACAAAACUGAGCUCCUUGGUGAAAUAACCAAGUUUUUUUGUAUUAUUACACUUUAUAAAUCAUGAAUGACAUGUGAUUAUUCAAAGAGCACAGCAUUUAAGCAAAAUACAGCCUACUUCUGGUUAUCAGUGGCAAUAGUUAUACUGGAGUAGCUUGGAUUAGUGACAUCCAUAGAGAAUAUACCAGCAUUAUAUUGUUGGUACCCCCUCUCUCUUUCCCAAGUGCCUGUUUCAGUCAAAUGUUAGCAUAUACAAGAAUAAACUUUGACGACGUACCUUCUUUCUACCCUGCCCACCUUUUACUUAAGUAUCUCUUUGCUAAAGAAUAUAGGGGAAAAGGGAAGUUUUAAGCAAUUUCAAAUGAUAUAUUGAGUCCUGUCCAAUUAGGGCUAUAAUUCUUUACUGGGUCUGUACUGUACCAUGGGUCCACACAAACUAUGCUUAAGUAUACUCUAUAGUAGUGAAAUUUCCAGAGAAAAUAGAGAGAGAUGGACUUAACUUUGUCUUGAUAAAAUCACAAGUAAGGAGGCGUCACCAUUAUGAAAGAUGCAUUUGUUUGUUUCAGAAAACAAAAAAGUAACUAAACUAAUUCCUUUUGUACAAAAUAAUUGGAGAUUGUGUUGCAUUUAUUGAAUUUAGUAAAACCAACCAAAUAUAAGUGAUAAAGUAACAACUGAGAAACUUCAAAGUAAGAAUAAAUUUAUUGAUUUAAAAGAGAAAUGACCAUAAAUUUUAGAGUUGAUGGACUAGCCACAAUUACUUAUACAUAACAAAUAUACUUAAAUUGUUUUCCAGCUUUAUGUGUUCAAAGAUGAUUCGGAGGUCAGGACGGAAUAUAUCUAAGUGAUUGGAAUUUGAAGUUACAAUGCAGAUUUUCUCUUUUUCACAAAAGAACAUUAUAAAUUAAUUUCGAUCAAAUUUAUUUCCUUCCUUUGCAAACUUAAUGUAUAUUUUGUAAAGUAAAUUGAGAUGAAAGUUAAAUAAACACAUAGCUUUCAUCCAUAUCUCACUUUGGUUGAGACUUUCUAAGGAAUGUCAAUAUGAUUUUAGAAGAUGCACUCCCGCCCCCCCCCAAAAAAAGAAGAAAGAAUUCCUUUCAAAAAUAUUUGUUCACUACUCGAUAUAUCACCAAUUGGGAAGUGCCAAUCUCAUCUAUAAAUGUGAGAAGUGGAACAAGGAGAGAGGCAGCUUUUGUGAAAUGCAACAAGGCAGUAACCCAGGGCAAGGUUUGACAAAUCUUGAUUGUGUGAUUUCUUAUCCUUUUGGUUCAUAUCGUCACCUACCAGACAACAAAAAUAAAAUAUAGAUUCAAUAAUUUUAGUACAUAAGAUAGAUUUGUCAAAUUAAACAUAAUGUUAUUUUAACUAUCAGUAACAAUACCUUUAAAGCAUAAGUCUUUCUCAGUGUUUAACUUUGAAAAAGAGGUAAAAGCAGGGAGUAAUUCUCAACUUACUGAUAUCUGUCGAAGUCACUCAAUUCUACUUUUAUCAAUCAUAAUUUGUUUUCUAAUCUUGCCAUUUGCUCACAUGUAAAAAUGACAUAAUCAGUUCUUCUUGGCUGUUGAAAUGUAUGAAUUGUAUGUAAAAAUGUAAAAAUUUUGAUUUUCCCAUUUAAAAAAAAUGAAUGUGCAUGGUCUUUUAUUUCUUGUAUUAUAAUCACCAAGUCAGUGUUCUAAAAUUGUAGGAUUACUAUAAAAAUUAUAUUCCAAUAUUCUACCUAAACUUAAAUGUGGUCAGCAUUAUUAGUUUCAGAGUUGCCAAAACAAUGCAAAACAUCCUUAACUCAGUUUGUAAGAGUUUUAACCAGUGUGCAAUGGUGAAGAAAUAGUUUCCUAUCUCAAGUUUAAAAUGGAAAAUUAAUAUCAGUUGAGCACUUAAUGUGUUUGCAUGUCUGCUAUUUAAUCUCCAUGUGAAAGUUAAAGAUUUUUUUAACACCAUUCUUUCUCCCAUUUAAAGUGGGUUCUCAAAAGCACAAGCAGAGAUAUUUACCUGUGGAAGACAUUUGUUGGCUGUAAUUGUACAUUAGAUGGCAAAUGCCAUUUGAGUCAGAUGUUAGAAAUUUACUAGAUGUAUGAUGUUGCAUAGUAGAAUAAGAUCCUUUUCUCAUUUUGUCCUUUCUAAAAAUAAAGAAAAAAGAAAGCUAAGUAUGAUAGUAAACUGUCUUUGCUUAUGUCCUGACAGAUGUUUAACCUCAAAAUAAAAAGUAGGUACAAUAAAAUGAUGAUGAUGAUAAUGAAUAAACAAUCAAAGUGCUAGUUUUAUUUGAAAUUAAUAACUAGAAUAAGUCAGCAUUUUUUCAACUCUGUAGCACAGCUGGUUACAUUGAAUAUUUUUCUCUAUUAUGCUGUUAAUUAUAUAGUAACGUAUCAAAGAAGAAAUAGAUAAGAACUUUCUUUUCAUUUCUUGUUGAUUUAUGAAGAAGUCUUUUUACACAUAAAUGAUUGAAUGUUCUUAUUCAGAAUGACCACAUAAUUAUUGCUUAGGAAAAGACACCAGUUCUUAAAGAGUCUAUUUAUAAUAAUCAGAAUCAAACGUUAUUUGUUUCUUCUAAAUGUAAAUGAAAAAAAAAUUGAAGGUGGCAAAAAAUGUGAUAUUUAUUCAAGCUGGGCUAUCUUAACAGUAGAAGUUUCAGUGGUCAACAUGUUUGUGCAUCUUUAGAUGCUAAUAGUUUUACAAUUUAUUAUUUAAAAGUGUAAAAAUUUACAUUUAUAAUAGUCUGAGAAUAAAACUUAGACUCAAUCAUUUGUUAAUAUGUUUAUUAGAAUGUUUUAGUUUCAGGCAAGUCAGAAGCAGCUGUAUAGCGUUAUUCUAUGUUAGGCAUUGGGAUAUCUUAAGUCCCUGCCUCAACAUUAAUUCAAGGAAGAAUUAGCAUUUCUGUAUUUUUUCUCCGUUUGAAGCUCUAUGUGCAUUUGGUUUGUGUACAUGUUUUUGUAGUGUAAGAUAUGAAAUUUUAUAUUUUUUCAGAAAAUAAAAAAACACUUGAAUACA